GAAGACAAAUUAGCUCUCUAGCUAGGAGUUUCACAAUGCGUUGGUCUUCCAGAUUCUUUCACACAGCCUCGAGGGCUUUCAAUGAGUAUCCAUCAUGGUCCAAGUCUAUUCUUGUUUGCACUGUCAUCAGUGGAGGAGGAGCAGUGGCAUUUUGUGAUGCCAAACCAGAACAUAGCAAUGAACCUCCAAAGAAGAAGGUGGUGGUGCUUGGAACUGGUUGGGCUGGAACCAGUUUUCUGAAAAAUAUGAAAAGCAACUCCUAUGAUAUUCAUGUGGUUUCACCACGUAACUAUUUUGCAUUCACUCCAUUGCUACCAAGUGUAACAUGUGGCUCAGUGGAAGCAAGGAGCGUCGUUGAACCCAUUCGCAGUAUCACCCGCAGGAGCGGUGUAAAUAUUAGUUUUAGUGAAGCUGAAUGCUACAAGAUCGAUCAAAAGAAUAACAAAGUUUUUUGUCGUGCUGUGAAAGACAAAAAGUCUGGUGAACGAGAAGAAUUUUCCAUUGAUUAUGAUUACCUGGUAAUAGCUAUGGGAGGUCGUUCUAAUACCUUCAACACACCUGGUGUUGAGGAACACGCCCAUUUCCUGAAGGAAGUGGAUGAAGCUUUAAAAAUCCGUCGGAAAGUGGUUGAACUUUUUGAAAGAGCUAGCCUCCCUACUUUACCAGAGGAAGAGAAGAAAAAGCUUCUGAGUUUUGUAGUCGUUGGUGGUGGUCCAACUGGGGUAGAAUUUUCUGCUGAACUUCAUGACUUUGUACAUGAGGAUCUGGCUUAUUUAUAUCCUGAACUUGAAAAGUAUGUGAAGAUUAUUCUCUUGGAGGCAGGCGAUCAUAUCUUAAACAUGUUUGACAAGAGAAUUACUGAAUUUGCUGAACAAAAGUUUGCCAGAGAUGGCAUUAAUGUGAAGUUGGGAUCUAUGGUUGUGAAAGUUAGUGAAAAGGAAAUCACUUCCAAAGAAAGGUCAACUGGUGAAAUUGUUACCAUACCUCACGGAAUGGUAGUUUGGUCAACUGGUAUCGGUGCUCGCCCUGAAAUAGUUGAAUUUAUGAAACAGCUUGGCCAGAUUAACAGACGUGCAUUGGUCACUGAUGAAUGGCUGAGGGUGGAAGGAUCUGACAACAUCUAUGCUCUUGGUGAUUGUGCCACUAUAAAUCAACGUAGAGUUAUGGAAGAUAUAGCCGUGAUAUUUAGCAAGGCUGACCAGAACAAUUCCGGAAAAUUAGAUCUUAAAGCAUUUAAAGACGUUGUUGAUGACAUUAUUGAAAGGUACCCUCAAGUGGAAAUUUAUUUAAAGAAGAACCAAAUGAAAGACAUG